AUGGCGGCGAGACCUUCACGAGGGGCCUCUCUCCUGAGGACCUCACGAGAUUGGGGCCUCAAGAGGCCACUUCCUCUGCGACAAACGACCAAAUCAUCGACUCCCGUUGUUCGUGUCAAGCAAGUGGACUCAAUCGAAUCUGUCACAGACUACGCCUCCGCCUCCGAUCAUGCUUUGACGGUCGAGAAGUUUCACGAAAUGAACAUCGCCGUAUCUACCCCGGUCUUGAGACACGAGAAGCAAAAGGAAGGGAAAAGGUCGGUUUUUGAAGACGCCAGCGACCAGACCACACCACAGUCGACCGCGGAUGGCAAUGCCAAUUCAAAGCGAUGGCAAUUCGCUGGGCCAUGGCUAGCGAGCAUGUCCGAGGAACAGUUCAAUAAUUAUAUCAAGAAGAGGGUGAGGUCGAGAAGGGCGGAGUUCCGGGAGUUUCUGCGCCAGCGUCGAGCAGACGAGUUAUCGCACGCCGCAUCUCAGAAGGCCCUGGACCAGGGAGAAGCGCCCCCACCUCGCACAUCUUCCAGCGAUAUCAGCGAUUCGGAUCUGACCGAUUACAUACGAUCUCUUCGCGCUGACCGGUCGACUCUCUACUGGCUAGUCAGCCAGUUCCUUGAUCUAGCCCCCAUUGCCCCACCACAGAGCUCAACCAAUGUCUGGGCUAAUGGCGUCAAUGGAUCGCUUCAUCCGGUUAACCCCUACGCCCAGGAAGGACCCCCUGUUUGCCACCCUUCUGCGGGAAUAUCAUAUUUGCGAACAUCAGCAUUUGUCGAAAACCACGCACUCUAUGGACCACAGAAACAGCAUAGCCCUGUCCUUUCCCGAAUUCUUACCCCCCAGAGAGGUCCCGAAGGUCCUAAGCUGGGCAUCGGUGGUUUUGUCGCGAACGUACCACCGGGAUCGACGUCGUUCAUCCACCGUUUCCGAGAUUAUGAUGCUCGUAACAAGGUCCAGGGUCUUUCCGUCUUUGACCCGUCAAUUCCAGGUGGCGCCUCGGUUUAUCUGAUUCCUCAGGCCGCGAGAGUCCUCUGGAAUGGUAGCGUGGUUAUCAAGGUUGAUGAGGCGACAGCAGAAACACAAUUGGUCAAGAAGGAGCUCUCCGGGAAUGCAGAGAUAUACAUGGAGCCCCGUCGAGCACCUGCCUCCCACGAGCCUUCAAAGGGGAGGGAUAACCGCGUCCAACGCCUUCUCGAGCCAAGGCAAGCUAAUAAACGGCCGUACUUUGGUGAUCGAAGCGUCUUGGGGAGCUCCAAGAGUUAUGGCUUGAGACCUUGA